AAACGGAACAGGGCCGGUUUUACCGUUCUGCUAUUACAUGUGUCUUCAAGCAUUCGUGUUUCGACGCAUACGGCAUGAAAUUGUGAUGCCCAGUGGUUUUUGAAGUGAAAUGAUCUGUGCAGAAGUUCUCAACAGACAUUGAAUAUCCCCCCGCAUCUACAUCACUUGCGCAAUCUCACCAACGUUUGUGAUAAUGAGGAAAGUAUCCGUGCAGCACAUCCAAGAGCUUCAGAAACGUGCUGAACAAAUACGGAAUGUGUGCAUUCUCGCUCAUGUUGAUCAUGGAAAAACAACACUUGCCGACUCUCUCAUCGCAAGCAACGGUAUCAUAUCUCAGAGGAUGUCAGGAAAGUUACGAUAUAUGGAUAAUAGGAAAGACGAACAAGAAAGGGGCAUUACCAUGAAAUCCAGCGCAAUAGCUCUGUACUACGACAGGAGAGACCUCUUAGUGAAUCUUGUCGAUUCACCGGGUCACGUGGACUUCACGAGCGAAGUGAUAUCGGCUGUACGUCUUUGCGACGGCGCUGUCCUUGUGGUCGACGUUGUAGAAGGAGUUUGCGCACAGACUAAGGUAUCACUGCAACUUGCUUGGUCUGAACACCUGAAGCCAUUGUUAGUGCUGAACAAGAUAGACAGACUCAUUCUGGAGAAGAAGAUGACUCCAUUGGAUGCAUAUGUACGUCUCUCCCAAGUUUUGGAACAGGUCAAUGCUGUUGUGGCGGAGCUAUUCACGACACAGGUGCUCGAGAAAAGUUCCAAACCUGAAGACGUCCUUAGCAGCCAUGAAGAGCAGGUAUUCGAUUGGAGCAGCGGCCUGCAGGACGCAGAUGAUUCCACCGUAUAUUUCUCCCCUGAGCAAGGCAAUGUAGUCUUUGCAAGUGCUUAUGAUGGUUGGGGGUUUAGUGUGGAGCAAUUUGCAGAGCUCUAUGCCGAGAAGAUGGGCGUGCGUAAGGAGAUUUUACAGAAGACACUCUGGGGAGAUUUCUACAUCAAUACAAAGACAAAGCGCAUUCAGAAAGGAGCACAGGCCAAGGCAAAGAAACCACUGUUUGCCCAACUUGUUCUAGAAAACAUCUGGGAUGUCUACGACGCAGUUUGUACUCGAAGAGAUCAAGUAAAGACUGAAAGAAUUGCAAGUUCUUUGGGCUUGAAGGAAUCGCGUCACGGUGAUCCGCGCUCUAGGCUACAGAAUCUCGUUUCACAGUGGAUGCCUUUAGCAAAAGCUGUCCUAGAGAUGACUUGGGGUCAAGCUCCUAGCCCCAAGCAACUGGACGACUCCAGAGCUGAGGCCCUGCUAUGUCCGGCGUCGCGCCGCUUCGACGAUCUUCCAGCUGCCAGCCGAAAGCUGAAAGAUGCUUUCUUAGCCUGCUCUAGUAGCAUGGAGGCCCCCACAGUUGUGUGCAUCUCUAAGAUGGUAGCUGUUGAUGCAAAGCAGCUUCCCGAAAAUAAACCACGAUUUUUGACGCCCGAAGAAAUGGCAGAGAGGCGCGAGGAGGCUCGCAGAAGACACGCAGAACGGAUGGCGCAGGCAAACGACACUUCCGUAGGGUUGCCAGAGACGGUCGGUACACCCAUAGAGGAUCAGAAGACAGAGGUUGAAGAACAAGAAGACACAGUGUUCGUUGCAUUUGCACGAGUCUUUAGUGGGACACUGAGAAGAGGACAGAAAGUGUUUGUACUUGGGCCAAAGCAUGACCCGGCAAAGUUUUUGGAAAAGGGGCGUGAAGUAAACCCGGAGCUGACACUGGCUGACCUGCCUCCAGACGAGCACGUUACUGUGGCCACGGUGGAAAAGCUUUAUCUUCUGAUGGGCAGGGACCUAGAAGCAUUAGACGAAGUGCCAGCGGGAAGUAUCUUGGGCAUCGGUGGCCUGGAGAAACAUGUCGGGCGGACAGCAACUCUAUCUACGGACGUUGCCUGUCCACCUUUCGUGGACGUCUGUGGUAGCAACAUGCUAGGUGCAGCCAUUCUGCGUGUGGCCUUGGAACCAAAGGCAGGAGUGCAGGACAUUGGGGUGCUGCGCAGGGGUCUUAAGCUCCUGCAGCAGGCCGAUGCCUGUGCUCAGGUUCUCGUACAGGAGACUGGAGAACACGUCCUUGUUACGGCUGGUGAAGUGCACUUAGAGAGAUGUCUGCAUGACCUGGUCAACAGGUUUGCUAAAAUUGAAAUUGACGUCUCAGACCCUAUCGUACCAUUUCGUGAGACAGUGGUGGAGCCGCCAAGAGUUGACAUGGUGAAUGAAGCUAUCGAAGACAAGCAACCUCAAAAACAGGCAAAUAAGGGCUCCGGUGAUGAGGAGGACGUCGGUCCAGAUGGUGUCGUGACUGUGUGCACGGCUGACCGCAAGGUGACCCUGCGCGUGCGAGCUGCACCCCUUCCCUCUGAAGUGACGCAAAUGCUCGAAGAACAAAGUGCGCUCCUGAAAGACUACAGCCUUGCAUUAGGUGGUCAAAUUCCUGAAGCUCUCCUACACCGGAUAGCCGACUUGAAGUCUGCCCUGGAAAAAGCUUUUAAGGAAGCCGGUUGGGAAGACAAUACGCUAGACCAGUUCUGGUCGUUGGGCCCGAGGCGGUGUGGCCCUAAUGUACUACUGAAUAGAGUACCAGGCUAUGCAAGACCGUCUUUGUGGCCAGCUAGCAGUAAUGUGUCCCAAUCUGAGGCGGGGAACUCUCAGAGUAGUUGCAGUCCAGACAAAGACGACACAAAGGGACUGAAACUUUUAGAUGAGUUAGAUCACUGUGUGGUAAAUGGAUUCCAGCUGACAACGCUGUCAGGUCCGCUGUGCCAAGAGCCAAUGAUGGGAGUAGCAUUUGUGAUCGAGGGUUGGGAAGUGUCCUCCGACAGUACAACAACAGGAGCAGCGCAAGGUCCUCUGUCAGGGCAGCUCAUUUCUGCGAUGAAAGAUGGAUGCCGCAGAGCAUUCCAAGCCCAGCCGCAGCGUCUCAUGUGUGCCAUGUAUACCUGUGCCAUCCAAGUCAACACUGAUGCGCUCAGGCAGGUGUACGCUGUGUUGGGACGGCGUCAUGGGCGCGUCCUGGGUGGUGACAUGCACGAAGGUUCCAGCACUUUCGAAGUGACGGCGGUGUUGCCGGUCGUCGAGAGCUUCCAGUUCGCGAACGAGAUGAGGAAGCAGACGUCGGGGUUAGCCAAUCCCCAGCUAGUCUUCAGUCAUUGGGAGACAGUGGACGUCGAUCCAUUUUGGGUACCCUCAACAGAAGAAGAGUACCUGCACUUUGGAGAGAAAGCAGAUACGGAAAACCGGGCACGGAAAUACGUGGAUGCUGUCCGUCGGCGUAAGGGCUUACCCGUUGCGCAGAACAUCGUGGAGCGAGCUGAAAAGCAGAGGACGUUACAUCGCAAGAAGUGACCUUUGUUACGCAUCCUUGUGCAGUGAGACUAUAUGAGACACAUGUAUAUAACGGAUGAGAAAGAAUUUUAUUACAGCUAA